GAUCGCCUCUUGUUCACUCACACCACACCAGAGGCAUCGGUUUCCUAGGACGCCAUCCAGAGGCGGCGGCUGGUGCUGGGAUCUCCAAUAUAUUAUUCUAUCCAAGCGAUAGAUAGAUAGAUAGAUGCCGGCAGCGAUGGCUUCUGGUUCCAGCAGGCUCGUCGUGAUGAGAACAACGCUGCUGGUGCUCGGCGCCGUGUGCUCGGCGGCGCUGCUCGCCGGCGUCGCGAGCGCCGCCGGCAGCUUCUACCAGGACGUGGACAUCACCUGGGGCGACGGCCGCGGCAAGAUCCUCAACGGCGGCCAGCUCCUGACGCUGUCCAUGGACCGGGCCUCCGGGUCGGGGUUCCAGUCCAGGAGCCAGUACCUCUACGGCCGCUUCGACAUGCAGCUCAAGCUCAUCCCCGGCGACUCCGCCGGCACGGUCACCACCUUCUACCUGUCGUCGCAGGGGUCGCAGCACGACGAGAUCGACUUCGAGUUCCUGGGGAACGCGAGCGGCGAGCCGUACACGGUGCACACCAACGUGUACAGCCAGGGCAAGGGCGGCCGCGAGCAGCAGUUCCGGGUGUGGUUCGACCCCACGGCGGACUUCCACACCUACUCCGUGGUCUGGAACCCCAGCCACAUCGUCUUCUACGUGGACGGCGUGCCCAUCCGCGACUUCCGCGCCCGCGCCGCCGCCGCCGCCGGGGUGCCGUUCCCGGCGAGCCAGCCGAUGCGGGUCUACGCCAGCGUGUGGGACGCCGAGGAGUGGGCCACGCAGGGCGGCCGCGUCAGGACGGACUGGUCCCGGGCGCCGUUCGUCGCGUCGUACCGCGGCUUCGGCGCCGCCGGGUGCACGUCGCCGGACGCGGCGGCGUGCGCGCGCUCCAACGGCGCGUGGAUGUUCCAGGAGCUGGACGCCGCGGGGCAGGAGCAGCUCCGCCGGGCGCAGGCCACCUAUAUGAUCUACGACUACUGCGCCGACAAGUACCGGUUCCCGCAGGGCCCCCCGCCCGAGUGCGCGGCGCCCAAGUAGAAGAAGAAUCGAACAAGAAGCACAAUCCGCACGUGCGCAUCUGGAAUUUGGAUGGAUUACAUAGAGUAUAAAUACAUAAUUCAUCAAGUAGAAGAAGAAUUGAAGAAGAAGAAGAAGAAGAAGAAGAAGAAGAAGAAGAAGAAGAAGAAGAAGAAGAAGAAGAACCCGUGCGCGUUUGGAAUUUGGAUGGAUUACAUAGAGUAUACACUAUAAUUCAUCGAUUGGAAUAUAAAUACGCGACCGAUACGUAUACGAAUACGUAGACGCCUUUCUUGUCAUGUACUGUACUAUAUAUGUACGUGCAGUGUAUAGUCUGAUGGGAAGGAAGCUCUAGUAUAUAUGUACGUCACGCCGAUGACUUCUCCUUUGUUAUACUAGACGACUGCGUCAA